AUGCGUCAAGCUAAAACACAGGAUACUGGUUUGUAUGAGAAACAAUUCCUAUUAUCAGUUGAACGUGGUGAUCUUGAAAAUGUUCGAAAGUUACUGGAAAUUUAUAAAUCCACCGGAGCAUUUAACAUUAAUUGUUUAGAUCCGCUAAGAAGAUCGGCACUUCAUAUAGCUAUCGAAAAUGACAAUAUUGAAUUGAUCGAAUUGCUAUUAGAUUAUAAUAUUAAUACUGGUGAUGCUAUCCUGUAUGCUAUCAACGGGGAAAAUGUUGACGUAGUUGAAAUACUAUUAGAGCAUUUGGAAAAAAUUGGCAGAUUCACUCCUGAAACACAAGGUGUUGAAAUUACUGCACAUUCAGCAUUUACAUCUGAUAUGACACCGAUCAUUCUUGCAGCUCAUAAGAAUAAUUAUGAAUGUAUAAAGUUAUUACUGAAUAAGAAAGCUACAAUACUCCAUCCGCAUGAUAUACGAUGUUUAUGCAAGGAAUGUGUACAGGCAAAGGCAGAAGAUUCUUUAUGCUUCUCACGAUCACGUAUUAACACGUAUCAGGCAUUGGCCAGUCCAUCACUUAUCUGUUUAUCCUCAAAAGAUCCUAUACUGUAUGCAUUUGAGCUCAGUUAUGAACUUAGACGAUUGUCAAAUAUUGAAAAUGAAUUUCGAAAUGAGUACCAGGAGCUCAGUCGAAAAUGUCAAUCAUUUAGUGUAAACAUGUUAGAACAAGUGCGCGGAUCUAAAGAAUUAGAAAUUAUCCUAAAUCAUACCACAAAUGCGUGGGAAGAAGUGACCGAAAGGAAGAGUGUUAAUUUUUAUCAAAAUUUAGCAAGACUAAAACUUGCUAUAAAACUUAGACAGAAAAAUGUGAGUAAUUCAUGA